UCGUUUCUAAUAAUAGAGAAGAUGAAGUAAUAUUUGCAAUUGAUGUUCCUGAGCAUUUGAUUGGAUAAGUGCAUAAACUGUAGGGGGGGGUUGGAUUGAUGGAUCGCAUUAGUAUUCCUGUCCUAUCAAUGGGCUGGGUUGCUAACAACGUCAGUCUGCCAGAUUCCCUGCGUCUACCAGUCCCACCACGGGUCCAUUUGGGAUCCUCAAACAGAACAGCCCUUAGAGACUGGAUGCAGGCAAGCCAUUAGAGCCCGUGGCCCGCUCGUAGGACAGACGGUCCUCACAGGUCUGGGAAAGGGGGGAGGGAGGGGAAGAAGCUAAAGAAGGAAGCGCCGCUGCGGGAAGACACAAAAGCUGGAGCGACUCUUCUUCCCUCACCCCCCCUUCACCCCCUGCUUCCGCCCCCCCCUUGCAGCUCAAGCUUUGAAAGCUGAUCUCCCUUCUGAAUGGAAACUCUGAACUGCCAGGCACCGUUGUCCUUGCCUCGCCUCCAGAUCCAUGCCGAGAAGAAGGCUCAGCGAUCUGCCCGCGCCAGGCUGCCCCUGCAGGGGCUGAGAUGCUGCUGAAGGCAACUUGACAUCCUCCGUCCGCGCCCGUAGUGGGAGCGAUGCUGCAAAGCACAGCACUCGCUCGCUCAGCUCUCCUUCAAGCUGAAGGUUACCAGCCGCCCCGGCCGUCGCCGCUGCUGUGAGCGCCCAAGGAGAGGGACUCUGGCCGCCUCCUUGGCCGUGGUCCUCGGCGCGGUGGGGAAAUAGCUCUGGCCGCGCCUGCUGCGGAUCCGGGCAGCCCAGCCGCAGCUUCGGCUUGGUGGAUGUGUCUGCAUGAGUUCUGCACCGAAUGGGCGCAAAAAGCGCCCCGGCCGCUCCACUCGCUCUUCGAUCUUUCAGAUCAGCAAGCCGACGCUGCCGAGCGGGGACUGUGAGCGCCGCAGGGGCAGCGGCUCCGAGGGCGCCCACAAGACCCAGAGAGCCCUGGACGACUGCAAGAUGCUUGUCCAAGAAUUCAAUACCCAAGUGGCCCUGUAUCGAGAGUUAGUCAUUUCUAUUGGGGAUGUCUCAGUCAACUGUCCAUCUCUAAGGGCAGAAAUGCACAAGACCCGAACCAAAGGCUGUGAGAUGGCCCGGCAGGCCCAUCAAAAACUUGCUGCAAUCUCAGGCCCAGAAGAUGGUGAGAUACAUCCAGAAAUCUGCAGGCUUUACAUCCAGUUGCAGUGUUGCUUAGAAAUGUACACCACCGAGAUGCUAAAAUCCAUAUGUCUGCUAGGAUCUCUUCAGUUUCAUCGGAAAGGAAAGGAGCCUGGAGCAGGGAUCAAGAGCCCAGAAUGCAAAACUGAAGAGGGUCCAGAAGUCCCCAUUUUAGAGGACACGCUAUCUUCACCAGUAGACACUCAGCAUCAUUCCUGGCAGGUUUCCACGGAUAUUGAGAAUACUGAAAGAGACAUGCGAGAAAUGAAAAACCUUUUAAGCAAACUCAGGGAGACUAUGCCUUUACCAUUGAAAAAUCAAGAUGACAGCAGCCUCCUGAACCUGACUCCUUAUCCACUAGUUAGAAGACGGAAGAGAAGAUUCUUUGGUCUAUGCUGCCUCAUCUCAAGCUAGAUAAUUCCCAUUAAAACUCCCCCAAGAAAGCCAGAACAUCAAAGAAACAGAUGUCAUUUGCUUUUCAGAUGGAUAAACCACACAGUUAUUGGUUAUCGACCAUGUUUUCUAUGCUUCCCUCUUAAUUUUCUUCCCUUCCUUUUCAAGAGUUUUACACUUUAAUUAUUGUCAAGGACCAGAGAGAGAACAGAUUCAAAAUGGAGAAUGUUUUUAAAAGGAUUUUUUAGAUGACCUAGUGCAUGUCUGCUCUGAACUAUACAAUGACUAGAUGCAAGAAUUAUGAUUUUAAAGUCAUUCUAAGUUUUUUAUGUAUUGUAUAAAUUUCAAAUGAUUUCAUGUACAGUAGCAUAAUUAUAGCUCUUACUAGUCUCAUGUUAAUACUUUAUCAUAUAUGAAAGAGUCUUUAAACAUAGAAAUCUAUUUAAAAUUACAAAACUGUGUUCAAGGUCAAAGUUAUUAAAUCACUAGAAGUAAUAUUGUUAAGAGAACUUAUAUUCCUCUCCUAUUGCUUUCUCUGCUGUCAUUCAUGUCUAGUCUUCCACUCUGUCAGAAUUUAUCCAAGAGCUUCAAAAUACACAUAUCUUAAUUUAUAAUGCUAAAAAUAUUGAGGCUAUUAAAAAUUUGUAAAUACACAAUAAUAUCGUCAUACAAUGCACAUGAGCAUAAGAGUAACUAAUUUCUUUUUGAUCCAAUGGUGUCUUUUUUCAACUUCUUGGAGAAUGACAUAAUCCAGUUAGGAAAUGAUGUAGUCAACUAUACAAUUACCCUCAAAUAUAAAAUUGGAUUAUUAUUACAUUUGAUUUUAAUUGAAAUUUGAAGCAUGGUGUCUGCACAUCAGCAUAGUGUUAACUCAUAUAGGGCAUGCUGGAAUUAGCUCAGAUUGUAUAAUAUUUAACAUUUUACAUUGUUAAUAAAAAGUUUUUUAGUUAA